AUGUUGGCUGAAAAUGAAUCACCAGAGACCCAUGAGCCCGUCAUGAAGGACAUCGAAAACGACUCAGAGAACCCAGCCAGAGUCAAAAACAUUGGUUCGGCGAAAAGGCAUCCUGAUCUCAAGUCUUAUUCUAGUCUCAAUGACACUGCGAUCCACGAUCUUCCUUCUUGGACACCACCAAGAAAACUCAAGGUUAUAACCAUAGGAGCAGGAUUCUCCGGCCUCAUAUUUGCGCAUAAAUUACAACACCAGCAUGAGGAGUUCCAGGAUUUGGUCGACCAUACAAUCUAUGAAGCGAGAGAGAAUGUCGGCGGGACUUGGCUCGUCAAUAAUUACCCUGGCGUUCAAUGCGAUGUCCCUGCACAUAUAUAUGCUUUUCCAUUCGACCCAAAACCAGACUGGAGCCACUUCUACGCAACUGGCGCAGAUAUUCAAGCCUAUAUUCAGAAUACGGUCAAAAAAUGGAAUUUAGAUCGUGAUAUUAAACUCAAUCACAAAGUGACGGAGACACUAUGGCAAGAAGAUCUAGGUCAAUGGAGGGUAACUAUCAAGAACAGCAAAAAGUCUUUCGUGGAAUUUGCAGAUAUACUGGUAUCUGGCCAAGGAGUAUUGAACAGAUGGCGAUGGCCAAAUAUUGAAGGCCUAGACUCCUUCAAAGGUCAUAAAUGUCACUCAGCAGCAUGGGACCACACAUUUGAUUAUGCAAAUAAGACGAUUGCAGUCAUUGGUAAUGGUUCAUCUGGGGUACAAAUUAUCCCCAAACUCGCAGAACUCCAUCAAACCAAAGUCAUCGCCUUUCAAAGGACACCUAACUAUGUUUUCACUCCUCUCCCUCCCGGGCAUCUGAUGGGACGCGCAGAGGAUACAAGCAAUAACCCUAAAUUCACUGAUGCGGAUCGGAAACGCUUUGUGGAAGAACCAGAAUUUCACAGGGACUACCGUCGGAAGAUUGUCCAUCAGAUUAACGGCGCAUUCAAGAUGGUAAGAUUUAUAGUUGCUCGGAACCUAGCCAAUGAAUAG